CGUCAGCUCCGUCAAUCAGUUUUCAUAGUGGAGGAGAGGAACUCAGUGUUCUGAAGCUACGUACGGACCGGGCUGCAAUCUGUCAGAAAAAUCCGUCUCCAUCCUUACGUUUUGGGUCACAAUGGCCCAUCUGACACGCAGAACAUAAACUAGACGCUUCCCUUGACUGGAUCACAUCGAUAUUGUAGCUGUGCGCUGCUCAGAAAGAUAUAAAAGGAAUGGUGAAAUUUGGACUGUCAGAGAGGGAAGUGGGAUUCUGGAGGGGAAGGGGCUUGUAAAUUCAGGGGGGGGGGUUGUGAACCGUUCAGAGAAGGCGGAAUAUUCACCGAGGAAACGUCAACAAACAGGUGAAACGCUUAACUUUUAUGAAAAAAAGCAAACUGCAAAGUGAGGCAACAGAGGCAACGUUAGCUUACAAGAGAAAUGGAGCUACGAGUUGGGAACCGAUAUAGACUGGGCAGAAAAAUCGGAAGUGGGUCUUUCGGGGACAUCUAUUUGGGCACAGACAUUUCAGUGGGUGAGGAGGUUGCAAUUAAAUUGGAAUGUGUGAAGACCAAGCACCCCCAGCUCCACAUCGAGAGCAAGAUCUACAAGAUGAUGCAAGGAGGAGUGGGGAUUCCAACAAUAAAGUGGUGCGGAGCAGAAGGCGACUACAACGUGAUGGUGAUGGAGCUGCUGGGCCCCAGCCUGGAGGAUCUCUUCAACUUUUGCUCGCGCAAGUUCAGCCUCAAGACGGUCCUGCUUCUCGCCGAUCAAAUGAUCAGCCGUAUUGAAUACAUUCACUCCAAGAACUUCAUCCACAGAGAUGUGAAGCCCGAUAACUUCCUGAUGGGACUGGGCAAAAAGGGAAACCUGGUCUACAUAAUCGACUUUGGCCUGGCUAAAAAGUAUCGCGAUGCUCGCACACACCAGCAUAUCCCCUAUCGUGAGAACAAGAAUCUGACUGGCACUGCGCGAUAUGCCUCAAUCAACACACAUCUUGGAAUUGAGCAGUCAAGGCGCGAUGACCUGGAGUCCUUGGGCUAUGUUCUCAUGUAUUUUAAUCUGGGAUCACUGCCUUGGCAAGGCCUCAAGGCUGCUACCAAGAGGCAGAAGUACGAACGGAUAAGCGAGAAGAAAAUGUCCACCCCUAUUGAGGUGCUUUGCAAGGGUUAUCCAUCCGAGUUUGCAACUUACCUGAAUUUCUGCCGCUCACUGCGUUUCGAUGACAAGCCAGACUACUCGUACUUACGGCAGCUCUUCAGGAACUUGUUUCACAGACAAGGCUUCUCUUAUGACUACGUAUUUGACUGGAACAUGCUUAAGUUUGGAGCCAAUCGUGCUGCAGAGGAAGCAGAGAGAGACCGCAGAGACCGGGAAGAUAGGCUGAGACAUGGCAGGAACCCGGGUGCCAGAGGAGUGCCUGCUGUAUCAGGAAGACCAAGAGCAACGCAGGAGGGAGCACCGCCUACCCCACUAACACCCACAUCACACACUGCAAACACAUCUCCUCGACAAGUGUCUGGUAUGGAGCGUGAGCGCAAGGUGAGCAUGCGACUGCACCGCGGUGCUCCUGUCAACGUAUCAUCCUCAGAUUUAACAGGACGGCAGGACACCUCCCGCAUGUCCACCUCUCAGCAUUCCCUACGAGCAUCACGCUACCAAGUAGACGCUCGCCACGUCCUUGUGUGACGGCGGCAACACUGGGUGGCGCCUGGUGCACUGCCUGCAGGUCACCAUCUUCUCACUCCUCGAUGAGCCCCCCCCCCCCCCC